AUGCGGGAUGCUCUCAUACGAAGUUUCAAUGGUACCGGGAAUCAGGUUGCAGAGAACGCCUUCAAGAGCGUACAUGACGACCAGUCUCAAGAAAAUGUCUCUACCGCUGGCUACGUACAGCUAUGGCUGUUCUCAAUUCAUUUUAUAGAAAGCUUGACCGAUGUUAGACUCCCGGGCUCCAAACGUACUGACGAUGCAUAUGCGUAUAGAGAGACCCUGUCAGAGUCAGCUUAUCAACUUGCCAUCUUGGCAACGCAGUUGGGCUUUGAUUCGCCUCAGAUUCGCUCGCUUUGUGUGAGCUCAACUAUAAAACCUAGUGCCCGAGCAUACUUGACCGGCCGUCGUCCUCAGGAGUUAUAUGUCUAUCCUCCGCGCUGGGAGGAAGAAGCUCCUGAAAAAGUUGUCGAUCUCCUAAAGCUCCCUAAAAGGGAUAGAUAUAAGAUCAUCGUUCCGCCUUUCUCUAUUGACAGUGAGGAUCUCAUGGCAAAUAAACGGUGCGGACUAUCACAGAGAGAAUCACACUGCAACGACUGCUGCUUUCUAUUUGCUCUACAGGUCUAUAGUGGGGAACAGCUUCCGAAAAAGUACCCUACAACGUUCGCCGUGCUGCGAGAUAUCAUGUUCGGCUUCUUUAGCCGAGAAAUAUUAUCUUCUCAAUCACAUCCUAUAUGGCGGAGAAUAGGAACUAACCCGCAAACUCCUUAUCACGAUGAAAGUCAUGUUGUCUUGUCGCCAGCUCCAUGCGAUCCUCAUCCUCCGGAAACUCAAGGCAGAAAUGAAUAUGCGCAACGCAAUCCUGACGCAGGAAACGAUAUGGCGUUGGAUAGUCCUAAUCCGACUCAGGACUCUGUGCAGCAAGCACCAAUUGCGUCUGGUUUUGAAGAUGAGACAUCCAUCGCGUCGCUGAAUCAACUCACACAUAUCUCACACAUAUCUCACACAGCCGAGGAGCCGAAGAAAUUUUGA